AUGUCUUCGAUCGCAACUCUCGACACCACCCAACACCCCAAUCUCCCGGCCUCAUCCGCCACCCUCUUCAGCGCCAAAGCGACUAAGAAGCUCAGCUUCGAGCAAAUCGCGUCGCACAUCGGUCGCAAUGAAGUCGCCACGGCUGCCAUCUUCUACGGCCAAGCCAAAGCCUCUCCCGAGGACAUCGAGAAGCUCGCCGGCCUGCUGGACAUCGACCACGGCUCCUUGGAGGCUCAGCUAAGCGGCUUCCCGGAUAGGGGCCGAUCCGUGGAAAUGCCUCCCAAAGAACCGCUCAUUUACCGGUUGUAUGAGAUCGUGCAGAACUACGGAUAUGCGUAUAAGGCGGUGCUGAACGAGAAGUUUGGAGAUGGUAUCAUGAGUGCGAUCUCGUUCUCUACUAAGGUGGAGAAGGAGACGGAUCAGGAUGGGAACAACUGGGCCGUGAUUACGCUGCGGGGAAAGUGGCUGCCCUUUUCCAGGUUCUAA